GGGGAGGAGGGCGGGGGCUGCUGGGAGCGGCUCGCCGCAGCCCCGCCGCCGCGGUCGGGACGUGGCAGGUGGGUGUCCGGGGGCCAGCUUCGGCUGUGAGGGGUCCCCUCCGUCACCUUCGUCCCCUUCUUCGUCCCCGUAGCCCUCGGGGGGCUGCUCCGCUCCCGGGGUGCGGGGAGCAGGGAGCCCCGAGGAGCGGGCGGCCGCCCCCACGAGGCGUCCGCUCCUCGACGGCUGAGGGCUGGUGUUUGCUGCCAGCUGGGGCAGCCGGAGCAGGAGCUUUGGGCCGAUAAAGGUUUAAUUGUAAGAAAUGGAAGCUAAAGCAUCACAAGAAGAUAAAGUGAAGAUGCUUAUCAUCUUACUAGCAUAUUUGCUAAGUAAAGUAACUUGUGAGACUGGAGACUGCAGAGAGCAAGAGUUCAGGGACCACACCGGAAACUGUAUACUAUGCAAACAGUGUGGACCUGGAAUGGAACUUUCGAAGGAAUGCGGCUUUGGAUAUGGGGAGGAUGCACAGUGCAUGACAUGCAGGCCAAACAGAUUCAAGGAAGACUGGGGCUUUCAGAAGUGCAAGCCUUGUCUGGAUUGUGCGCUAGUUAACCGGUUUCAGAAGGCCAACUGUUCUGCCACCAGCAAUGCGCUAUGCGGAGACUGUUUACCCGGCUUUUAUAGGAAGACCAAGCUUGGAGGCUUUCAAGAUAUGGAGUGUGUUCCUUGUGGUGAUCCCCCUCCUCCCUAUGAACCUCACUGUACCACCAAAGUAAACCUUGUGAAGAUCCCAUCGACUGCUUCCAGUCCACGAGACACCGCUCUAGCAGCAGUUAUAUGCAGUGCACUUGCGACAGUGCUCUUGGCCCUUCUUAUCCUUUGUGUUAUCUAUUGUAAGAGGCAAUUCAUGGAGAAGAAACCCAGCUGGUCUCUGAGAUCACAAGACAUUCACUACAAUGGGUCUGAAUUGUCAUGUUUUGAUAGACCACGGCUAAAUGAGUAUGACCACAGAACAUGUUGCCAGUGCCAGAGAAGCACAUCACAGACAUGUGGACCAGUUCACUUGAUUCCAUCACUAUGCUGUGAUGAGACCUGUAGCAUGGAGCACAGCAGUCACAGUUGUGCUUUCCACUCACAGACUACGCUUAAUGAAAGGGCUUCUGAUUCUGUUGGAGAAAUGAUUCCUACCUUCCUUGGUUCUCUUUCACACUCUGCCUGUGGAGACAUUUCAGAUGCUUGGCCCCUUAUGCAAAACUCAGCUUGUUGUGACAGCAUUUCUUUCUGUGAAUCAUAUUCAGAACUGGCUGGAGUUGCUGCAAAAUCCUGCAGUCCGGAGACUGAAAAUGCAAGUACUGUUGAGUCAGAUAAUAACCAGGAACUAAGUGAUGUACUUAUUUCAGCUAAGUCUCUUGAUGGAAACAUUGCAAAGUCCUUUGAAAUCUCCGAACACAGAACAUAUAUAGAAGUUUCAUCACUUCAGAAUGCAGCAGCUGCUGAAACCCAGCCAAAGACAAAGUGUAAUGGAACAGCAGAUGACUCUACAGAGUGAUAAAGAGGAACCAAGCUCUUUCUCACAACACUACAACGGAAUGCUUCCCUAAUUCUCCUCUGCUGAUUGUCAUCAAAUACAGUCUGGUCUUCAAUGACACACGGUUUCAAAAUCAGCUGGAAAAAAAUGGUGUAAUUUCACACAUUGUAAGCAAGCAGUUGCAACUGAACCAGAAAAGCUGUAAUGUGAAACUUGAAGGAGCAUCCUAGGAGAGCCCUGAAAGUGGAUUCAUGCAUGACCUUUUCCAUCCUUUUUUUUUUUUUUUUAAAGAAUCUUUUAUUCCAUAAGAUUCUCAAAAAGUCUAAGGAGUGAGCUUAAAAGUGUAUGUAAAUACUGCAAAAAAAAAUACAAAUAAGUUAGUGUGUUUAGAUGGGUAUCUUAAAAAUGGCUACAGAUGUCAGAAGGCCUGGGACAAGACUUUUGCCAGUUAUUCUGCUUGCAGAUUUGUGCAUGCAUUUGGAUUUUUUUUUGUCUGGUUCUAGUUUUUAACUCAGUUUCCUGCUGUUGAAGGACUUAAACAUUUCUAUUUAUCCAAGGAUCAUCUAUUGAUAAACUGAAACUUUUAUUAUAUAUUACAUCAUAGUCAAUAAGCUAGUUUGGGAAGUUAAAGACUUUGCAUGUUACAAUAUGUAUGACUGAAGUCCCUUCCAUCCAAUUAUUUUGUUUGUGGGAGGGAGCAUUGUUUUGUUAAAUGUAGCAGAUUAGCUUUAAAUUAGAUUAGGUUAAUGAAAGUCAGCCAUAUAGAUAGGGAUGUUGUGUUUAAUUGGUAGUCCCAGUGCUGGAAGACAGCACUUGUUGUUAUAACAUGUAUCUUUUGGAUGUUGAAAUAUAUGUAAUCAACUCACAUCAAAAUGUCAAACUACAGCAGGUGUGUCAUCAAAGUAUUCGUAAGUGAGACCUAUGACUGAUUUUUUUUAGUAAUGAAUUCUUUUCUGCGGCCAAGCUUCAUUGUGACAUAAUUGACUCAUUUAGUAGGAUUUAGUAGGCCUUCUUUUCUUUUUAUUCAUGUCACUCUCUCCUUCUCAUUGUAGCAUUUUGUGUAAAUUCAAUUUGUCCAUACAAAAUAUAAAAAUGAAUUUGUAACAUUUUUUAAGAUACUUCUGAACCAAAUCCUCAAAGUUAUGUGCAUGCCUAGUCAAUUAUCACCAACUUUCUGCCCUCCUUGUUCCUUAAGAUGUUUUUAACUGCAGUUUGUUGUACCACUUCCUAUAAUACCGUUUGUUCUGCAGCCAUUUUUCCCUAAAAUAAUGUUCACUUCUGUGAGUAAUCCCAGUAACCUCCGAUGAUUCAUUACAUUCAACAGGCUCAAACCUGUCAGUUGUGACCUCUAGCAAUUAUUCUUUAAAAAUACCCAAUGUGCCUUGACAAAAGCAAAGCAAUCAGCAAAACAAAUGUAAUUUUGCAAUAAAUAUUACUCAUCUUUCUGCACAUUGUUCAUAUGGCACUGGAAAUGAUGAAGCAGUAGUCAUGUUCCAUAAUGGAAAAAGGCUUUUGCUUUGAAGCACCCAGUAGAAGAUUGAACCUGUACAAGAAAUAGCUUGGCCCAGUGUAGGCAGCCAAAAUCAGUGAGCUUAUUCAUGCACGCAGAAAUGUUGAAUAACAGUUCUCAAAUUCAAACCAAAGUGAAGACACUACAUAAGGGAUUUUUUUAAAGCAGUAGGUACUACCAUUUGAUCACUGACAUAGUAGAAUAAUAUGCAGUUAUACAAGGAGAAUAAUUAUACAACUAAAAACUGAAAAGUAUAUAUUCAAAUAAGAAUAGUUUUGAAUAAUUUCUUUGGAUACUUUUGUACAUUUAAGAAGUGUUGAAAUAUUAUUUUUCACUACAUUUGCAUGAAGAGAUGUGUGCUUCUUUGUAUAUACUUUGUAAAUAGAAAAAAAAUCCAAUGUGCAUUUCAUUAUAUGGCAAGAUAUUUUUAGAACAUGUGGAGAUUUAACUUUUCAUUAAUAACAGUUCUUCAAAAAGCUUUGUUCAAAAAUGUUGCCAGCAUCUGCCACAGUAUGUUUCCCAUUGGAAUUUACACUUUGUACAAUUGUUUUUGUCCGGCAACUCUAGAUGAAACUACUCAUUUCUUCAAAUGAGUGACAGAUAGCUUGAGAGCAAAUUGGGAGGAAAAAUGAAGACAGUGCUUUUUAAAUAUAUAUGUAUAUUGUGUAUAUACUUUUUUCCUUAAUUUAACCAAAUUGGUCUUUUUUAUAUUGCCUGUGGCAAGCAGUGUUGUACAUGCCAAUAGAAAACAUACACUACCACCACAUUUAGACUGCCCACAUAUCACAUCUAGGGGCUUACAGUGCUGUUUUAAUUACUCCUUUAAAGAAUGUAAAUUAAAACCUUGUAUAAAUCGUUUUGUAAUACUUUUUUUUUUUACUUGUGAAUAAACUGUUACAUGAAUCGGUCA